GGAAUGAGGCUUCGCGUCUUUAGGCGUACCUUCCUUGGGUGAGUUCUGGUAGUCGAGAGAAGCGACAAUCAGAAAGACCACAACCGACCUACCCGCUGGACUCACUUUCUAACCACCAAACACCAACAGCGAACGAUUCUGAUAUGUUUGCCCCGGUAGAUGACAUCAGGUAGACACAUGUCGCUUUGCGCAAUUAGCUCAGCAACAUGGUCUUUGUCGCCGAUGCAAGACUAUGUCGUCGUGUUGGUGAGCGCAGGAUCGUAGCGGUAUGAGAGCGCUUGCCUGAUGACUGUUUGCUGUCGCGAAAUGGGAAAAAUUCCUCUCACUUGUGCCUCUUUGCGAAAACCGGCCGCUGCAGCCUAGAGUCAUUUACGUCUGCGCACAACGAUGCAAUCUAUUCUCAAUUUCCCUACCUCUCUUUUGAAGCUCUAAAUCUUGUGUCGUCAUCGCCAAUCGACCCAGACAUGGAGUCGACCGAUCAGUACCGGCAGUGGCUACAAUCUCUUAAAUCUUUGCCCGAACCCGAAGCCUCUGAGGCACUGCGCCAGGCGCUACUCAAGGGUACAAGAUCUGGCGGUCUUACAUUCACAAGAGCAGGUAUCUUCCACUACUUCGAGCAUGUACACCAUUACUUCGGUUGCCCAGAAGACGACCCAUGUGACAAGGACAUACAGAAGGAACCAUUAUGCUGGGAGAAAGCCCUCAUGAUCCCGGUGGAGCACAUCAUUAAUACAGAGUGCGAACCUAUGGUGAUCAACCUUAUGGUUUGGUCAACGCUGUGUUGUAUCAUCACCAAGUUUGAAGGUGAGGUUCGUGCGCGUUGGCUCAAGAAGUCUAAGGCGCAGCGGAAAGCUAUCCUGGAGAAGGCUUGGCCAUCACAGCUACCAAAGAAUCAUCGUCCCGACAUCGACAGGCCCGUUCUUAAUGCGUGCCCGCACCAGAGGCAUUCGCAUGGCCUGGCGCACUACGCAUUUCCCCAUCUCAACCUCGAGGACCUCACCAAGCCGAAUCCGCUGCUCAUCCUUCUCAACGCACGUGGCCGACAUGGAAUGUGGAAAUUCGCCCUUCUGGAUUACGAGUUGGCCCCUUUAAUUCAUCUACGAUCAGCACUUCUCGAGAAGACAAGAUACACUAUGGGGCUGAACUGCGAAGGAUAUGGGCGGAUAGUUGAGUGGGAUACGGAAAAGGACGCCGCUGAAUCGAUGAGCAGAGGAGAUACCAUACACCCUUUGCCGGGCUCACACGUUAUGGCGAUGCAGGCAACGGUGUACCAGUUCCUUCUACUCUGUGUCGGCGAGAUCUUGUCGGAUAACCCAAUGGUACAAUCAGCCAUCACCGAGCAAUCGUGUGUGAAUCUACCUUGGAUCGAUAAAGAUGCUCCAGAUAUACCCGAGCCUCCAGCUCUCACUUGCAGCGACCAGGACUUCACCUCGCUCAACGUUAUCGUACGCGAAGCAUGUUAUCGUGUGCCCACGUUAGCAGAUCUCGGCCGACUUGAAGCACUGGUGUCGGCAUGUCAGAAUGCGACGGAAGACCACAUCUGGUUGCUCCGAGAGGACCCAGGAUACUUUCGAGAGUCUACACUUGAAUGCAAAGAACAUCGGCCUGAAAUACUGCCAGGUAUUCGUUGUAAACAAACACACAAGAGUGCGCGCAACGAAGUUCUUUGGCCUCGUGUGUUACAUAGUGUAGCCACCGACUGCUACAUUGAUCUGUUCAUGUGGAACGAAUUGCGUCAACGUAUAUCUGAGCUCAACUAUCUCUCGUUGCUAUACAAAGAGGAGCUUGGGUUUGGGAAGAUUAGUGGCAAAGAAGAGCUCCCGGAAGACUUCUCAGAGUCACUUGUCGAAGCAUGGUCUUUUCUGGAAUUCUUCCAAUUGGAAAUCAUACAAGAACUGAGGCUAGCCUGGUCAUCCUCUUUGGAGAUUCGCGCCUAUUUCUCCCAAGAAUGCGAUCACAGUGUUGAAGAUAUGGUGGUGGGUAUCAAGUUCACCAGCAAAGGUAGUCGCAAACGAGACAAAGAACUGGAGCGCAUUUUCACUCUUUUCAAGUAUCUUUGGGAGCCACCUGUCCGACAGUCGUUAAAGCUUUCCAUAGUCUUGGAAUGUCUUCGUCAACUCAGCUUCUUCCUACCUUGGGCAAAGCGAGUUCAGUACUCAGCCAAGCAGCGACAGACAGAGCUCAUAGCAGCCUAUGCCAUCAACCUCUCUAGGUGGCACUCAACUUUGAACACAACCUUCGAGGGAACCAACCUCGCUGAUCUUGGAAAGCCAGGCGCAAGGUUUCGCUAUCCAGUCAACAAACGCCGAAGCAGGAUGACCGUCGAAAAUCUCAGGAGUGCAGAGGCGGCCCUGGACGCGUUCUGGCAUGCUGCAGAUGUUCGCUUUAGGAUGUGUACCGGUACUACUCCUCACGACAUAGUCUCCGGUCUUAUCAAGGAACGUACACUACAGCGCACGCCGCUUUGGGUCGAGCCCGACGAGGCCUCCGAACCCUCUACGCCUAUUGAAUACAUAUAUGUUCCAGUCUCCAAUGACCUUCAUGACCCUUCAAAGCAGAUCACCGGCGCAUUCGACAAGACCAACCUGAACAAUACCAAGAAAGCAAAGUCGCACGGUUUGGCAGUCCUUAGCACCGAACAUGGUUACGAGAACAACCCCGACAUGACAGCUGCUCCCGCCGAUAUCAACGAAGAAUCGACCUUCUGUCUCGAUAAGCGCGCACACAAAGUCUUCAAGAUCCUGUUUCAUUCACCACUUUCACGCGACCAUCCUGGUGAUAUUCCCUGGCACGACUUCCUAUACGCCAUGGUAGCUACCGGAUUCGCCGCGCAGAAGCUGCAAGGUUCCGCCUGGCAAUUUACUCCUCGAGACCUAGAUGUGGAGCAGCCCAUCCAGUUCCAUGAGCCUCACCCAACACACAAGUUGCCUUUUACGUGGGCACGACGCUUCGGUCGCCGUCUUGCGAGGACGUACGGCUGGAGGGGCGAUAUGUUCCAGCUCGCUUGAAUGUCUCUUUCUAGCGG